GUCAGACGAACACACCUGUCGCGGAGUAACAGAAGACGAUCUUUUUUCUUUUGACGCCUCCAAGAAAACGCGUUUUAUAUAAAGCAAGGCGAGAAAAGGCAAACGACGUUUUCGCCGUGGAGGUGAAAGGGCCUCCCCCUCUCCCCUCCCCCUCACACACACACCUCGCCCACCUCGCCAUCUCUUUCUCUUGUCUUCUCAAGCCGCUUUCACACUCUGUGCUGUUCUGCUUCUGUUUUCAUUGUAUUUUUAACUGCUGCACCUUGUAAAUGACGUUUUUGGCUACUUGUAGACCCUUCUUUUUUUCUAGGCUUCCAUGCAUGGUUCCACAAUUCAAACCGUGUGCGCCGCACCGCCAUGCAGAGCCGUGUGGCUUCUCUUGCUGGCCAUCACCGUGGGUGCAACCGCUUUUACGGGGAACGCACAAGACGGUGAUACUUGUUCAACGGCUCGCACGCGUCGUCUCUCUCCCUCAGCUCUUAGGGGCACGGUGCAAAAGGGGCCGCCGGCGGCAGCAGUAGCAGCACCAGGGAUCGCCAACGUCACGUCGGCCCCCACGACACAUUUGCUGGCUUGGUGGGUCGCCGUCUUGUUGGUCGUUGGCAUAUUAGGCCUCGUGGCGGCGUGUGUGCUACCUAUUUAUGACUUCUGUAAAGGCCGCAGUCGGCACGUGGAGGAGCUCGCCCGCAAAGCGGAGAUCAACAUGUCAAUGCAGGAGAUGACGGCACGCCUCUACCGCACUCGUCAGCAGCAGUACGAAAGGGACUUCGGCGUCGCUGCGAUGCAGCUGCAGGCCAUCGAGGUGCAGGCGGGUGAGGACGGACGACGCGGGUCGAGGGAGGAACGGAAGACACCGCUGCUGCCAGAAGGUGCCAUGCAUAUUACACUGAGUCCGCUGCGUGGCAGCGCGGAGGUGGUCGCCGUGCGGCCUCGCAGGCAACCGAAUGAGGCACCCUCCACCCAGCCGUUGCGCGGCCCGCGGGGUGGCGUAGGGGGCGAGGCCUCCGUGCCCGACAGCAGCGAGAGCGGCCUGACAAGGCGAACGCACCUUCUUCUCACGCGGCCCGAUGAACCACAUAGUGACGCAGCAGCGUUGGAGUGGUGCCUCUCUAAUCACUCCAUCGGAUCCUCAAGCUCGUCGACUUCGUAUGGGCGGUCCCACGCCCUGGUCUGCACCCUCGCUGCCCGCUCCGCCUCCGCGCGUACUCUCAUGCCGACGCCGUCGUCGGGUCAGCUGACGCACGCGCCGUCGGUGCGUGCGUUUGCCGGCAUGAAUAAAGUAGAGGCGCUUCGGCGGGCGUUGGGCGGUCCGCAGCUGCACCCCGUGCCGUCAGCGCAUGCCGUCGUGCCCUCCACCUCGCCGUGGCCGAAGCGGCAGUACGCCACCGUUUUCGUGUCCCCCGGUGCCUUCGGGGAACAAAAGGCGGUGUCGCAGGACCAACUCACCGACGUCAUCGUGGAGGUGCGCUGCAGUACGGCGGGCGUAGUCGAUGACGCCGAUGACGACGCAGGGCACCGAUGCAGUUCUGGCACUGUCGUGUUGCGUGGAGCGACGGCGGGCCUCGCCGACAGCGCCACCUCCUUUCCGCCUCCCCGCCCGCCACCCCUCAGCGGCGCCGCGGCGGAGCCGAUGGAGCGAUACACCUUCCUACAACGAGCGGACCACCCUACUGACAGGGAGGGCGCGAGCACCGACGUCGACAGCACGGAUACCGAAAUCUGCGAUGCGAUGGGUCGCACUUCCUCGAAGAUGCAGCGCCUGCGGACGCCGGCGCUGGACCCUGCCGCUGCGGCAGCAUCGACGACUACGACCACAACUGCAACACCGACCGUAGCGAUGAAGGAGUCGGCAGAGCUGGGGGAUGUCGCAGUGCCACGCAUCCCAGGCGUGAUGGCGGACAGCAAUUUGUGUCCUCCGACCGCGCCCCGCGCCGUCUCGAAGAGCGAGGUGGGGGCGGAGGCGUAUGCUGCGGAACAAGCAGAGGAGGAAGUGGAGGAAGAGACGGAGCCCUCUUCGAAGUGCUCUCGGUUUGUGGUAGCUCGCAACCGCCCCGGCAGCGUGUGUCAUCGGGCGGCGGGCCGUCCCAUGACAGUGGACAACACUGUGCAUAGCCAAGGAAAAGCGGAAGAAGAGGAGGUGGACGGAGACCAAUCGAACGGUAACAAAUCGAGUGAGGUGGUGAGAGACGACGAGCAGCAUUUUCUCUCACGGACUCGCACGGUAAAACCGCGUAGAGGGGACCCCACCAUCCCUGCAUCUUCGCCCGCGUGGUUACGCCAGCGCAGCGCCGCCCCGCUCAACAGGCCGACUGAGGACGACGAGUAUUCUAAUUUGAUGGACUUCCAGUUUAAAAAAAAACUCUGA